UCUAGUUUGUGUGUUCGAAGCCAUUACAGUCAACAAAAUUUGAUGCAAGUGUGUGUUUAGAACUGUCACUCAGACAUUGUAUUCAAUAAUUGAGUAGAUUCAAAUUCAUUCUGGUGAUAAGAUUUGUGGAGCAUUGGAUGAGCAAAGAUGUCAGAUUAUUUCGAUGAAAUGGGAUGGACCCCACUCCGGGAUGGAGAGGCACCUAAUUCAUUGCUACAAAUGGCACGUUUUUUGCGAAAUGUUGGAGCAUGGGAUAUGUUGGGAAUGGACGAAAAAUUACCACCUCCUGCGUCAAAAGCAGCAGUUGAAGCACUUGAGGAAAUUAAAAUUACUGAUGCUGAUUCCAAAAAGUGUCCUGUAUGUUGGGAAGCAUUCAAAAGUAGUGAAAUUGCUAAGUCUUUACCUUGUAAACACUCAUUUCACAGAGAGUGUAUAAUUCCAUGGUUGAAUAAGACCAAUUCGUGUCCACUCUGUCGGCAUGAGUUACCGACCGAUGAUGAGGAUUAUGAAAUGUAUAGGAAGGAAAAAUUGAGGGCAGUCGAACGAGAAAAAGAUUUGGAAAUAUUGCACAAUUCUAUGUUUGGUUAGCAAAAUUGUUGGAAUUAUUAUAUUAUUUUUAUCUGGAGGUCUUCGGUAUUAUAUUUGUGUCUAUAUAAAUAAACUGGGACAACUGGA